CUGGGGAAGCGGAACGGGUGCGGACUGUAACAUGUGGUGACCCCGACGUGAUCCCUGGGAGUGAGUCAGCUGUCUGCCGGAAGCAGGAGCCCACUGCAGUGGCGGUAAAUUCAAAUCUGCGGAAUAGUGGAAGCCCGGGGACGGGGAGGAGGUGGCCAUUACUCCUCGUCAGGCGGGAGGCUCGGGAAAAGGAGCCAAGAUCCCCCUAGGACGCUAGGGGAAAGACGCCAGAAGAGGCCAGGUGUACGCUCGGCCGGAGGCGUUAUGGAAGCCGUUAUAAAGGUGAUUUUACAUGCAUGCAAAAUUUAUUGCGGGAAAAAUGUUCCUUCUAAGAAGGAGAUUUCGGCAACGCUUUCGUUGCUGGAGAAGGAGGGGCUAUUAUCAUCCCCUUCUGACUUAUAUGAUUCUGAUAAAUGGGAUUCGUUUACUGCCGCUCUCUCACAGAGGGCAAUGCUUACUCAGAAAGCAGCAGAGUUUAAGGUGUGGGGAUUGAUUUUAAUAGCUCUUAAGAAAGCGAAGGAGGAGAAGAUCGCAGGUGACCGUGCUAAGGAGCUGCUGGGGUUAGGGCCAGGGGGGGGUCUUGUCUCCCCUACAGAUUCGCCGGAGGGCAAGAUGGCGCUGACUCCUUCGGCCCCACCAGAAACAACAACCCUGGAGAUAAAGAAGAACGAAGUGAAGCAGGAGCGGUCAUACCAUAAAGAGGAGGACCCACCUCCGUACCCGGCUCGCAGCAUAUAUCCUUCACUUAAGCCCUGUAAAGAUAACGGGGAAGGGGGGCCGGUGGAGGAAAGCAGUACAACUUCUAGCACAGUUGAUAAGAGGGUCCUUGAGAAAGGAGAGAUGUCUGGGGGAGCUGUGAUACCACCUGUGGAAUGUGACAGUGGGGGCGGGACUCACCUACUGUCCGAUUCUGCCUGCUGCUGCAGCCACUCCCCACGGGGCGUGGAUUGUCCCGCACAGCGUUGCUGUGGGGGGGGCGUUCCGACGGAGAUGGCCUCAGGAUCUGCCCAGGAGGGGCGUGGUCCCGUAUCGACAGCUUCAUGGGGCCCGCCUACCCUCGCUGACUGGGCUCGAGUGAGGGAGGACAUACGGGCUGCAGACCCAGCAGGUGUUGCUCUCACUUUGCCAGUGGUGAUGAGACCAGAGGGUCCAGCUUGGAUUCCUCUGGAUUCCAAAGCGGUUACUCGUCUUGCGGAUUUAGUUAAGAGCAAAGGCCUGCGUUCCCCUGUCACUAUGGCAGCAGUGGAAGCUCUUAUGGCUUCUAGUCUUUUGCCAUAUGAUGUGGUGAACCUUAUGCAUGUUAUUCUUGAGCCCGUACAAUACACCCUGUGGCAUGAUGAAUGGGAUAGAUUACUUGAAGCUGUGGUGGCUGCUGCCACCCGUGACCCCCGCCAUCCAGCCAACGGCCAGCGCAGAGGCGAUAGAACUAAUCUUGCACGUCUCCAGGGCCGGGCAGAUGGAAUGGUGGGAUCCCCGGAGGGCCAAGCAGCGAUGCUCAGAGCAGGAGAGCUGGCAGCCGUUACAGCUGCAGCUCUUCAAGCCCUGCGAGAAUUAGCUAAGGUUGCGGAACCUGUGCUUCCGUGGGCAGACAUAAAGCAGGGCCCCUCUGAGUCAUUUUCUGAUUUUGCGAAUCGUCUAAUUCAUGCAGUGGAGGGAUCUGAUCUCCCAAGGGAGGUCCAAUCCGCAGUCAUAAUGGAAUGUCUUAAGCAGAAAUCAUUGCCAGACAUCCAACAAAUCAUCAGAGCAGCACCGGGCACCUUAACUUCCCCAGGGGAGCUUAUUAAGUAUGUGUUAGAUCAUCAAAAGGUCGCACCAUUAACUAAUGAGGGAUUAGCAGCUGCCAUGCAAGGAAUGGCUACUUCGGUUAAUUCUGCAGUUAAGACCGCGAUAAUGGCAGUCACUCAAGCUGGGGGAGGAAGGGAUAAAGGCCCGUGUUUUAAAUGUGGGCAGCGUGGCCAUUUUAAGGCGCAGUGCCCUAUGAGGAUGGGGCAAGGACUAGAGAAGCGGUGCCAAUUCUGUGGCGGAGCCGGACAUGUCGCACGUCAGUGUAAGAAAAUUAAAAGUAUGCUACAGGGAAACAGGAGAGGGAGGGUGCCGAUGGCCCAGGACCCCUUCCCGUCAUCUCUAGCUGGGCCAAAAGCACAACACCCACAGUGGCACUAACUAUGGAUUUAGAGGAACGACCAAUCGUUACGGUUAAGAUGUCAUACGUGGAUUCAGAUCUUCCACCAUCAGUGCCCAGAACAGUAAUUUUUAUAGCUCUGCUUGAUUCUGG